AUGAAAUGCAGGGUAUGGUCAGAAGCUCGUGUUUAUACGAAUAUCAACAAACAAAGAACCGAGGAAUAUUGGGAUUAUGAAAACACUACAAUUGAUUGGUCCACAAAUACAAAGGGCUACGAAAUUGAGAAUAAAGUUGGGCGAGGAAAAUACUCUGAGGUUUUCCAAGGUGUUAAAUUAGACUCUAAAGUUAAAAUUGUCAUCAAAAUGUUGAAACCUGUUAAGAAGAAGAAGAUUAAGAGAGAAAUUAAAAUAUUAACGGAUUUGUCCAAUGAAAAAGUGCCUCCAACGACUUUGCCAUUCCAAAAAGAUCAAUACUACACAAAUCAAAAGGAGGAUGUUGUAAAAUUUACCAGGUCCUAUAUCUUUGAUCAGCCACACAACGGUCAUGCAAAUAUAAUUCAUCUAUUUGAUAUAAUAAAGGAUCCCAUCUCAAAAACUCCGGCUUUGGUUUUCGAAUACGUAGAUAAUGUGGACUUCCGCAUUCUCUACCCUAAAUUAACCGAUCUAGAAAUUAGGUUUUAUAUGUUUGAAUUAUUAAAAGCCUUAGAUUAUUGUCAUUCAAUGGGGAUAAUGCAUAGAGACGUUAAACCUCAUAACGUGAUGAUUGACCAUAAGAAUAAAAAAUUGCGAUUGAUUGAUUGGGGGCUGGCUGAAUUUUAUCAUGUUAAUAUGGAAUACAAUGUUCGUGUUGCAUCCAGAUUUUUUAAGGGCCCCGAACUACUAGUUGAUUACAGAAUGUACGAUUAUUCUUUGGAUUUGUGGUCGUUUGGAACAAUGCUGGCUUCUAUGAUCUUUAAAAAAGAACCAUUUUUCCAUGGAACCAGUAACACAGACCAGCUUGUCAAGAUUGUCAAAGUACUUGGUACAAGCGAUUUUGAAAAAUACCUGUUGAAGUAUGAAAUCACCUUACCGAGAGAAUUCUACGAUAUGGACCAAUAUAUAAGGAAGCCCUGGCAUAGAUUCGUCAAUGAUGGUAACAAACAUUUAAGCAGCAACGAUGAAAUUAUUGAUCUGAUUGAUAAUCUUUUGAGAUAUGAUCAUCAAGAAAGAUUAACUGCUAAGGAAGCGAUGGGACACCCGUGGUUUGCCCCAAUAAGAGAACAAAUUACAAAAUAA